AUGAUUGUCACUGUGUGGAAUGUGAGGGGUCUAAAUGACCCUUGGAAGGUAGCUGAUGUGAGGCAGCUACUUAACAAGACUAAAACUGAUGUGAUUUGUUUAUUAGAAACCAAGGUUAAAAAGCAGAACUGUGUGAGUUUACAGAAGAAAAUUGGUUUUACCCUGACCUGGGUUUGUAAUUAUAUUGCUUCAGGGAAAGGUAGAAUCUGGCUUGGCUGGAAAAGUGACAGGUUACACAUUGAUGUUCUCACUAUUCAUGCUCAGUUGAUGCAUUGUUGUGUGAGUAGUCUUGAUUAUAGUAAGCAAGUUUCACUUUCCUUUUUAUAUGGUUUGUAUUGUAUUCAUGAUAGGAAGAGUCUAUGGGAGGGCAUUAAGGAAAUUGGUUCUAUCUCCAUGCCUUGGUUUUGCACAGGAGACUUCAAUUCUGUUCUAAACUAUGAGGACAGAAUGAAUGGUACAGAUGUCCCUGAUUAUGUGAUCAGGGACUUCAGAGAUUUCAUUGAUUAUAUGCAAUUUGCUGCGACUAAAAGUAAGGGGCCAUAUUUUUUGUGGUCUAAUAAGGCUCACACAGGGCCUAGAACCCUCACUAGAAUUGACAGGGGCUUGGUGAAUUUUGAGUGGCUCUCUUGGUAUCCAAAUGUGGAAGCCCAUUACUUGGCUCCUUCUCUUUCUUAUCACUCUCCCCUCCUAUAUGAGGUUCUUCCUACCCCGCCUGGAAAAGGAAGGCCCUUUAGGUUCCUUAAUUGCCUCAAUUCUCACCCGGAUUUCAAUGGUAUUGUUCAAGAGGUGUGGAACAAAGGAUUUCGUGGUACCCCUAUGUACAGGGUUUGGAGUAAGCUUAAGUAUCUCAAGGUCCAUCUUAAAGGCCUUAACCGUAGCUCUUUUAGCAAUGUGGAUCAGAGAUUGAGUGAAUGUCAAGUUACUUCGCUUGAUAUUCAGAACCAGUUGGCUCAUAAUCCUAACUGUAAUGAUAUGCUGGAUCAGGAAACUGGUGCUAUUGACAAGCUUAAAUAUUGGAGAGUUGUUCAGGAAAGUAUUUACAAACAGAAAUCAAGAAUUGAUUGGGUGGCCCUUGGUGACUCUAACUCCAAGUUCUUUUUUCUAUGA